AUGUUGCCAUGCGAGUUGUGUGAACCAGGGACAAUCCAUGGUGAGAAUACCAACUACACUACAGGAACGAGUCAUGUUCCACCUCGAUUGGCGAAUGGGAGCGGUAGCAAAGUGGCUCAGUUGGACACCACUAGGCACUGUUGGCCAUUGGCCGAUAAAGAGGUGUCUCAGUGGCACACCAUUGCAGCUCAGUCAAAUCUGGGAGGGGUUGCCGAAGUUCCAGUUCGCAAAAGACCGCCUUUCACUUUAGACUACGCCCAACCCUUCCAAUUAGAACUGAACUGGGGAUACCCCCACAAGUGGGAAUCUCGAGCGUUGCUCUCAACUUCUGGGGGAGCCAUGCACUUCCGGAAUGGCCGUGUUGACCACCAGAACUCCCAUACAACAUUUUUUAUGAAAACAUCAGCAUUCCAUGAACAAUGGAUACGAUAUUAUAUCUCUUCAAAUCACACAAGCCCUAAUAUGGUACCCGUACACAUGUAUAUACCAACUAAGCGAGACCUAAAAAAGCAUCUCUGCAAACAUGUAUACAAGCAUACAAACAAGCAUAGCCUCACGCAGCACCCCUGCCUUAUGCAGCACCAUACAAGCAAGCACCCAAGCAAACAAGCAAGUAAGGCCUCCCCGCAGCCCCUCUCCAAGCACACAGAUAAGCAAGGCUUCACACGGUACCUCUCCAAGCACACAACCGAGUAA